GGGAAAAACAAUAUUUUAUAUUGCAAUGGGUGAAGAAAAUGUACAUAAAGAUAGUAUUUCCAAAGAGGUUUAAAAAGGAAGUAUAUUUGAUUCACGUUAUUAGUGAAAAUAAGGAAAAAAAAAGAUACAUAAGCUACAUAACUUUCAUAUGGCUUACCUAGUAAAGCGUAAAUACACAAUGAAGAAGAACAAUAAGAAAUGAUUAACAGGCAAAUUAAGAGAUCUAUUGGUUAAGAUAAUUAUAAAAAAAAAUCUUAUGUUCCAGUUCGGUGAUAACUUACUUGAACAAGGAACAAGGAUAUAAUACAGAGGAAUGCAAAACCAGUUUCACCAGUGCACACACUCUUUGAUUCUUUCUGGGCCCCACUACCAAGCCACUAGUCGCAUAAAUGAGUACAAUAUAAAAGGCAGAUAUGGUAGGUCUGUCAUCAUUGAAUGAAAAUACCGGGAAUAGCAUUGUUGGUGGUAGAGGUCCGAAAAUCUUCGGGGUUUCCUGUUGAUUCCUUCUGCAUGCGGCCCGCUCGCUCGCCAACCAUAUCGGGGUCAGUUAUGCUUACCGUGUACUCCAUCCCAAAAUCUUUCGGUUUGUCCAAGAAGUUACGGACGUUAACGCACUAUAACAUCAUGCCGCUGGGGAUUUAUCGUCACUGUCAUGUGGAUUAUAAAUUGGCCCUUAGCACCAAACGUACUAAAUCCUCUCAGAAGCCUGCACGCUUAAUGUCUAUCACAGACAAAUACAACUGCCAUAAUGUCCGAAACGAUUAAGACCGUCAGCAUCCCCAACAUCGCGUGGAAAACCUCCGCCGACAUUCAUCUCCCACCUAAUUUCGACGACAAGAAGAAGUACCCCGCCGUCGUUUCAGCCCACCCGAUCGGCUCGUGCAAAGAGCAGACCUCAGGCAAUGUCUACGGCAAGGCGAUGGCUGAAGCCGGCUUCGUGGUUGUCGCAUUCGACGCAUCAUUCCAAGGCGCCUCGGGUGGAAAGCCCCGAUUCAUUGAAAACCCUGAGUUCCGGGUCUCUGACUUCCGCUUCGUGGUCGAUUACAUCCAAACCCUGCCAUAUGUCGACCCAGAGCGUAUCGGUGUGCUUGGUAUCUGCGGCGGUGGCGCCUACGCUAUCAAUGCUACCAUGACCGAUUACCGUUUCAAGUGCUGCGUUGGCAUCACGCCCGCUAACUUUGGCCGUCUCACUCGGGAGGCCUUCAGUGGGUUUGACCCCGCUGGUUCGCUCGAGAAGAUGGCCGCCCAGCGUACUCUCGAAGCUCAGGGAGGCGAUCGCUUUGUUAUGAACUACCUUCCUCCGACUGUUGAAGACGCCAAGAAGAUGACCUCGGACCCCGAUAUUGUUGAAGCGACUGACUAUUACAAGACUGGCCGGGGCCAGGCGCCAUGUGGAGCUACCAGCGCUCUUUUCUCGUUCAACAGCGCCGCCCUCACCUGGGAUGCUUUCAACCAUGCGGAGAUUCUCAUGACCCGCCCCUUAUUGGCCGUUGUUGGCAGCGUUCCUGGUAGUUUUGGUUCCUUCCGUGAUGCUCACGAAAUUCACGCCCGCGCCGGUUCGAAGGAGAAGCGCCUCUUCGAGCUCCCCGGGGUGACGCACUACAAGCUUUACGAUGACCCUAAGGCUGUUAAGGCCGCUCUUGAUGAAGUCUUACCCUUCCUUAAGAAGCACCUCGGCGAGAUCAGAUAGAUAUAGCCGGAUGCAAGUGGUUAAUGACAAGGCUACUCUGUAAGUACCUGUCGACUUUUAAAAUAGAAUAAUAUAGUAAUGCCCUGCAAGAUCCGCCUACCUUUAGUCGCAAAUGGAUUACGUCUUGCCAACAUAUAGCAUGACCACUAGUCUUCUUCGUUUGUCAAUGUAGAUGGGGUUCGACUAAUGUGCAAAUCAACUACCAGCAUCCCCAUCCGUUAGCUCGUACAAUUUCCAUUUGCAUACCAGAAGCGUGUAACUUAUGUUACCCUCAUUGUCGAUCCUUUUGGUAAGUAACUUCGGAUCUGGUGGACACUACUCUGUAAACAGUUGAAUGGCUUCGUUCAUUGGGCUUUCUGAUGAAUACACCGUUUCUGUAAUCCAUGGUUAAAAACCGUUGGCUGGUCUCUUGGUAAUUUAAGCUCCGUUUUUACCCGUUAUACUGCACCCAUAUUAUGUGACUAGUGGCUUGGUACUGAGGCCCAGAAACAAUCAAAGAGUGCGCGCUGGUGAAACUGGUUUUGCACUCCUCUGUAGUAUCAAAGAAUAACUCCCUUUCAAACUUUGAUCUUGGAAAAAUUUCUGUCCAUUUGAAACUUACUGUCACAUAUUGCCUUGUUCAUGCAAGUUCUUCCGAAAGAAAUAGGGUUGCGAUUUUGAUACUCGUUGCUUUGGAAACUUCCUCCUAUAUUACUUACUCCUGAUAGCAAACUAUAUAGACUUUAUCUAAGUAAAAGUAAACAAAGACAAAGUUGGCGAGUUGAAAAUCACAGGAUGAUAAAAACCAAGAUUCUUGGCUGAUCUACGAUUUCCUACUUGUCCAUGUCAGCCAGUAUUUCUAACUGGAAACGAAACAAAUAUCUACGUCAUUGUCAAUCCUCGUUUAAUGACAAUCCCUUACGGCAGAGAUGGCAAAGAAUUCUUAUGGAACGCACCGCAUCACCUAAAGUGCCUGCUAUCCCAAGAUACAGCGAGUAAGUUCAAGCGCCCAUUCGACCUCGUUAAUAAACACUCGAUGAAAGGAUGGCACAUGAAUUUUUUGGUUUCAGUGUUCGUUCAUAAUAGUAAAUACCAUUUUCUCACUGUUGGUGGUUCUUAGUAGAAUAGUUUUUAUUCUUUCUUGUUCCCAUUUAGUACUCACUGCUCAAAUUCGAGCCUGAAGAGAGAUUUUGAAAAGCAUAUAAAUGACAAUCAUUUUCAGGAGCGUCUAUUUGUUGUUUUCUUUAUUAUUAUAAAAAGCUUACUAAUCCCAUGAACUAUUAGUUUUUCUCUUUUAGUGUCAUCUUGUUUCAGGUCUAUGGUUCGCAUAAAAAAGAGUCAUAAAUUUGCUAGAUUGGGCUGUUUCAGGUCAAUCAACGUGUCAGAGAAAUUAUCUUUGCCAAAUUUGUAUUUUUAGAAAAAUUCGCUAGAAAACAUAAUACUAGACCGGAUAAUUGUAAAUAAUCCGACGAUGAUCUUUUUUAUUUACAUGUCUCCUGAUUACUGACCAGUUUCAAAGAAAUAGUAAUUUAAAAACUAAAUAAACGU